CUCCGCGCACAAAACAUCAUCAACAUUCGCCAAUAAAGCAUGGCGACGCCGCUGUCAGGAGAAGCAGGAUGCUAAUAGAUCAAACGUGUGGGGGGGGUUUGACCAUUAAGAGAGACUUUGAAAGAGUCCCUGAGCUCUAAACUCGUUUCUUCUUCACGGUUGAAUUGUUCAUUCUCGGUUUUUUGCAUUCUUGUCAGCGGACUGUUACGUUAGCCACUCGCAAGCUAGCGAAACGUCAAAAUGCAGUCUGUGAAGGUCGGCUGUUUGGCUGCCGCCAGAGCUCUCAGCUCAAGCAGGUCUCCCUGUCCGGACUUUGUUCAAGUUUUGGCCUGCUGCCGUGUUCACUCCUCUGUCAGCCAGACUCGUUUUUGUCAAACUGCUGCCAAAGACACCGCCGUUAUUCGGGUUCCUCGCUACAUGCUGAAGCGUGUCGACGAAGUGAAGCAGAUUCGAGGCAAGAACCAGAUCAGCACCAUCAAAGCUGGUAAGCUCCUGAUCCAGAGCAAGAACCCCUGUCGGAACCAGUCUGCAGGAUACGUGCUUGGGAAGUUCGAGCAGCCUGUUCUCUGCUCCAAAGGAUGGAAACACAACAAGUCGUUUGGUGACCAUUUCACCAUCAACAACAUCAGGGAGGUUGCGCCUUUUGUUGCAGAUAAUCGGAAGGAAGACGUCAAACAGACAUCGUUUAAUAAUCUCCGCAUCUGCCAGAAGCUGGUGGAAGCUUUGGAGCAUCUCAACAUUAUACAUCCCACCACUGUCCAGCUGCAGACCAUCCCAAAGGUCAUGAAGGGUCACAACAUCCUGUGUGCCGCAGAGACGGGCAGCGGGAAGACGCUGAGCUACCUCCUGCCUGUUGUUCACAGCCUGCAGGCCGAGAAGGACUCGGAGAUGUACGCCGAGGGUACGCACAAGAUUAGCGCAUUGGUUCUUGUGCCCUCAAGAGAGCUGGCUGAGCAAGUGGCAGCUGUGUCAAGGACUCUCUGUGCUCCGUUUGGCUUUCUGACUAGGACUGUGGGUGGUGGGCGAGGUGUGGGACACAUCAAGUUGGUCUUCAGGAGGGAUCAGCCGGAUAUUUUGGUGGCUACACCAGGCGCUCUGGUCAAGGCCCUGCGGAGACGCUGCUUGGACUUGAGUGAGCUGAAAUUCUUCGUGGUAGACGAGGCCGACACCAUGUUCGACCCCAGCUUUUCUGACAUGCUGGGGGAAAUCCUUCUCCACACAAACAUAGCCAGAAAUCCCAAGGAAACGCAAUGCCUGGGGCACAAAGCCCAGCUGCUGGUGGUGGGGGCCACCUUCCCUGGUGGUGUCGGGGAAGUGCUCAGCCAGGUCACCGACCUCGCCAGCAUGGUGGUGAUCAAGAGCAAGAUGCUGCACUUCCUCAUGCCCCAUGUCAAGCAGACGUUCCUGAAGGUGAAGGGCACUGACAAAAUCCUUGAGCUCCACCAAGCCCUGAAGCUGCUCCAACAGGAGAAAGGAGGAGGGGCUGCUGUGGUGUUCUGCAACAAGUCUGCCACCGUCAACUGGCUGGGGUACUCGCUGGAGGAGAUGGGGGUGCAGCACGUACGUCUGCAAGGGGAGAUGCCCGCUGCCGUGCGUGUGGGAAUCUUUCGCUCUUUCCAGAAGGGGAUGGUAGACGUGCUGCUGUGCACUGACAUCGCCUCACGUGGCCUCGACACAUCCCGGGUGCGCCUGGUUGUCAACUACGACUGCCCAGAAUCCCACACGGACUACAUCCACAGAGCCGGGAGAGUGGGCAGGGUGGGAGGGAUGGAGGAUGGGGAGGUGCUCAGCUUUGUCACACAUCUGUGGGACGUGGAGCUGGUGCAGAAGAUAGAAAUUGCUGCACGCAGGAGAGCUAGUCUGCCGGGGAUGGAAUCUGAAAUACAUGAGCCAAAACCCAAAGUAGCAGGGGCAGAGGAGUAGAAGUAGCUUUUUUGGAUGACAAGCUCUAAAUCUGGAAAAAUGUCAACAAAAGCAGAAAGAUUGGUUUAAAAUAAUUACAGUAGGCUGUUUUUUGUGUCUACUAUGACCUACUUGUUGUUCAUUUUACUAGGGAUGGAAAUUCUAGCUAAAGAUACAAACCCUUUGACCCUACAGUCAUUCAAACAUCCACAGGAUUCAUCUUUUAUUCACACAAGACUGUGCCUUGUCCGUUUAUAAAAAUAUGGAAAGGUGUGUACUUUGAUAAAACGUAGCUGGUCUCCUGAAAUGUUGUUGUAUCCUGUAUUUCCUCAUGUAAAAAUGUUUUUACAUGUGAGUCUGCUUAGCAAUGACUUGAUGCAGUAUUUAAGUUUUUUAAGUAAAAUCUAAUUGCAUAUUCUUGUCUCGUUUAAUUUAUCUGAUUUUAAUUGAGCAAUUUGAACUAUGUAACAGCCAUUUUUUUUUUUUUUUUAGUGACUGCAUGAUUGCCUUCAUGGUGAAAGAUUUUGAAUAUCUUUUUCCUGCGUACUAAAAAUGACAGCCUAAAGAACACAUCAGAUGAGAUAAGAUGUUCCUUUUAUUGUUCCCCUUGCGAGAAACUUGCAGGUACCACAGCAGCACAGAGCGAAACAAGUAGCAGCACAAGAAUAAGUCUCAAAAAUAGUGACAAUGAUAAAGAGAUAUUGGAAGAAUAAAACAACAUAGAAACCAUAGAAAAAUAGAAAAUCGAUGGCUUUUUGACCACAACUAUCCACCCUCCUGGAUAUGGUUAUAAAAAAAAAGCAGCAGUCAUUUUCUCCACUAUAUCCAACUUCUGUAUCUAUAGACUACAAAACACUCCUAAUAUCUUUGAAUGAUCUGUCUCUUGAACAUGUUAAACCUUUUGAAGAGUGUACAUUGCAUUGAUGGAAUUUGU